AUGGGUUCCUCACAAUCUAUCAGUAAAGGGCAAGUUCCUGUGAAUUGUGGAUUAUGUGAAACUGAUAGACCCAUUAAGUGGAAGUGUUUCAACUGCGAUCUUCUAUUAUGUGAUAAUUGUAAGGAGAAAGUUCAUUUAAGGAUUAAAACUGCAAAAGAUCACAGAGUAAUCGAUAUCAAAGACAUUGGACUACAACAAAAAGAACUAGAUUUUGCAAACAUUCCUUGUCCGAAUCAUGCUGGUCAAUAUAACUGUCAUUAUUGUAAGACUUGUGAUAUUCUUGUUUGUCAAAACUGUGUGAAAAAAAAUCACAAAAGACAUAAUCUUACUGAAAUUCAGGAAGAAUAUGAUAUGAAAAUUGAAAUGUUAAAAAAUGGACUAAGUAAAAUUCAAACGGACAGGAAACUAAUAGUCUCCAGAAAAGAACAACUUGUCCAACUUUCAUCUGACGAUCAAGCAAACCAAGACAUUUCUAAGCGUGAAAGAUUCGUCAAAGCCGCUGUUGAAAGUUGUUUUAAACAACUUCGAGAUAAAUUAGAUCAACAUCAGAAAACUAUUUCGAACACCAUCAAAUCUGACUUAAACGCCGUCCCCGUCUUACUACAGCAAGCUGAUGAUAAAAUCAACGAAGUCCAGGAAUCUAUUCGAAUAACUGAUGCUAUGAAGUUCUUUUACGUAGUUUCAAAUUUAGAAAAAAAUAUUGACAUCAAAAUGCCAGAAUCAAAAUCAAGUCUUUACUAUAUACCAAACUUUGUUCCAGGUGAUAUCUCUCAGUCUAACAUAGGGGUGUUAAAAUUUGAUGAAAUCCUAGCUAAGAAACUACAUAUCAAACUGGACUUAAAUAAACAAUAUCGAGCUGAAUUUCUUGUGGGCAUAAUUUUAUUUCCAUGUAAUGAUCCGUCGUUCUGGAUAAGUUCUGGUAACGAUGGUUUAGUUCAAAAUGUGACAACCGAUGGGACUAAGCUGAAAAUACUAUCAAGCUUUAAUAUCAGGCUCAUUGCCACACCUGCCGUCACUAAAUCAGAUAAUUUACUUCUAUGCAUAGGAGGGACAAAACUACAGCAAAUAAUUAGUAAAACAGGUACACUAACCGAAACAGUAUUUGAUGUGUCACCAUUGCGUCCUACUGCAGUCUGUAUUACCAGUAACGAUAAACUUCUUGUAGGAGGUAUGAAUAUAGACUACCCAGCACAAGGGAGACGAGUUGUAAUACUAAUGAAUCAGAAUGGAGCCCAUGAGAGAGUAUAUGAACAUGGUCAACAGCAGCAACCAAUGUUUAAAUAUCCCUACAAAAUUACUACGACUAGUAAUGAAAAUAUUUUUGUGUUGGAUAGAAUAAAUGAUAAUGAAAAUAGAAUAGUAGUGUUAGGACAGGGUGGUGAUUUAAUCAAUAUCUAUACAGGAAUUAUACAGAUUAACAAAGACAAACCAUUUGCACCGGAAGACAUAGUGACAACACCACGUGACAAUGUUAUUGCAGCUGACAUAAGAACUCAUACACUUCAUAUCUUGAACAAUGCUGGCCUGUUCAUGACAUAUUUUAAAACAAGUGACAUAGGCAUACUCUUUCCGUGGUGUCUUGCAUUCAGUCCAACUGGAAAACUCUACAUAGGAAGAAGUGGACCAAAAGGCAGUAAAACCGUUGAGUCCAAUAUAUAUGAAGUGACCAUAUCAGGAUGUUGA